UCAUGAAGCCGCGGAUGAAGAUGCUCGUGUCAUGCACCGCUCCAGCACGUAGGCCGUCUUUAGGGCCUCCGCCACGUCAGGAAUGUCGAAGGCCAAGAGGUCAUGAAGACCUUCCUCAUGCAUGGCCCGCUCGACGCGCUGCUGCAGGACGGCCGGCAGCUUGACGCCCUUUGGGAUCUCUGUGGGCGGCUGCUUGUCGAUCUGUGUUUGGAAUGCCGGCCGCUUGGUGGGGUCAUCGAGCAUGUGAGAGGCCUUGUUGAGUGAGAGGGCCCACAGAGAGGGAACAGAGCCGGACGCCAUGAGUGAGUGAGAUGUCUGCACAACGAACGACACAGAGUGGAAUGCAGACGAUGUGUGAAUGCGCCUCGUUUGUCUCCUUACAUGUGCUGGUAACGGCCGUGCAGGGCUGUCUACGGGAAGCGAUACAGGUGACAU